GUUAAGUGGGUUCCAAGUGAAUUUCAUUGUUUUAUGUGUAAUAAGAAUUACACAUAAAACAGUAAGUUAGUUUUUUAUUUUUUAACACCCUUAGUGUUUUUUAAAAGUUUUUUGAGGCACACACGAUGUCAAUAGCAAAAGAAAACCCAGAUAUGUUCAAAAGCGGUGCGUUUCUUACUCCAGUAAAUACGUUUUAUUUUUUGUUGGUGACUUUGGCCACUUUAUAUUAUGUGUACUGGAAAAUCUCGAGAAGGCGCAUGCUUCAAUUAGCUGAAAAAAUUCCCGGACCCAGGGGACUGCCGCUGGUGGGGAAUGCCUUGGAGUUCAUUGGAUCACCAUAUGAGAUCUUUACGAGAAUUAGCGAUAAAGCAACGGAAUUCGGCCGAAUAGUAAAACUGUGGAUAGGACCCAGACUUCUUAUCUUUAUAACGGAUCCCAACGAUGUUGAAUUGAUUCUUAGCAGCCAUGUCCAUAUUGACAAAUCUCCAGAAUACCGUUUCUUUAAGCCUUGGUUGGGAGAGGGCCUGUUAAUAUCAACUGGUCAAAAAUGGAGAGCCCAUAGAAAACUUAUUGCUCCAACUUUUCACUUAAACGUUUUAAAAUCAUUUAUCGACCUGUUUAAUAAAAAUAGUUUGGAAACUGUAAAAAAGUUAAAAAAAGAAAUCGGAAAGGAAUUUGAUUGCCAUGACUAUAUGUCGGAGGCUACCGUAGAAAUUUUAUUGGAGACGGCAAUGGGUGUAAGCAAAAACACACAAGACCAAAGCGGCUUCGAUUACGCAAUGGCCGUAAUGAAACUGUGUGAUAUCCUACACAUUCGGCAGACCAAAAUUUGGCUCUAUUCAGAUUAUAUUUUUAAUUUAACUAAAAUCAGUAAAUACCAAAAAAGUCUUAUUAAAGUUAUUCAUAGUUUAACACGCAAGGUUGUCAAAGAAAAGAAAGCGCACUUCUUGCAAGGUAUCCGCGGAUCCACUGCCGAGGUGCCGGAAGAACUUAAAUCACAUAAAUCACAUGAAAAAAGUGACAACACUAAAACUUUAACACUUGAAGGGACGUCCUAUGGUCAGUCGGCUGGUCUUAAGGAUGAUUUAGAUGUAGACGAUGAUGUGGGUGAGAAGAAACGCAUGGCUUUCUUAGAUUUGCUCAUUGAAUCAUCGCAAAAUGGCGUCGUUAUUAAUGACGAAGAAAUCAAAGAACAAGUUGAUACUAUUAUGUUUGAGGGUCAUGAUACUACCGCAGCUGGAUCGAGCUUUUUCUUAUGUCAAAUGGCAGCUCAUCCUGAUAUUCAAGAAAAAGUUUACCAGGAACUGAACGAGAUUUUCCAGGGAUCGUAUAGACCUGCUACUUUUGGUGAUACGUUAGAAAUGAAGUACUUAGAAAGAUGUCUAUUGGAAACUUUAAGGCUUUUUCCACCAGUACCUGUGAUUGCUCGUCAGUUGCAAAAAGAGGUUCGGUUGGCCUCUGAACCAAAUCUGACAUUACCCGCUGGUGCUACAAUUAUUGUGGCUCAAUUUGGAACUCAUCGUCUGGAAGAGUACUAUCCUGAUCCAUUAACUUUUAAUCCCGAUAACUUUUUGCCAGAAAAGGCAGCCAAUAGACAUUAUUAUGCUUUUAUUCCAUUUAGUGCUGGACCUAGGAGUUGUGUGGGUCGCAAAUAUGCCAUGUUGAAACUAAAAAUCCUCCUGUCAACAAUACUGAGAAACUACAAAAUACUGUCAGACCUGAAAGAGGAAGACUAUAAGCUACAAGGGGAUAUAAUUCUUAAGAGAGCAGAUGGAUUCAAGAUAAAACUGGAACCAAGAAAAACGGAAGCUGCCAGUACUUAAAUUUAUAUAAUUUUUAAAGAAUUAUAAAUUUUGUAUUUUUAAUUUAUAAAUAACUAAUUUGUAAAUCUUUAAUAAAAUAAUAAUUUUAAGUUAA